UAUAAGACACUUGCAAUAUAUUUUAAGAAAAUUGUGGUUUACUUUAAGACACUUGUGGCAUACUUUAUAAGUUUUUACUAUACUUCACGUAACUUGUGGUUUCUUUUAAGAAACUUAUGAAGUAGACUAACAAAUCGGAUGUUAGCAAGCAAGCGUCCUCUUUAUUUAGAUGAUCAUUCCACAUAAGGCUGCAAAUGAGCCAAGUCAAGUCAAGUUUUGAUCUGACUUGAGUUCGGCUCGUUAAUAAAUGAGUCAAAGUUUGUACACGACUUGUUUACGAAAAUAUUGAUUUGUGUUUGACUCAAGCUCGACUCGAAUUUGUCUCAUUAUUGAGCUCGGCUCAUCAAUUAACUCGCGAAUUCGACUUGGGCUCAAAUAUAAUUUCAUUUAGUUCAUAAUUUUAAUUGCUCAUGUCAUGUUAUUCAAUAUUGAUUAGUAUACGAGAAAUUUAUUAUGCAUAAUUUCUCUUAUAAGUUCUAUUCUAAAUUGAUUAUGUGCUCAAAUGAUUAAAGAACAUAUGUGAGGAGAUAUACAACAUAAUAAAUCUAUAAAUUAUCAACAAACUAAUCAUAGACUAUCAAUCAAUUUGUUCAUACAUUGCUACUCAAGAUGACUCGAUAGUCAUACUAAUAAGUCGGCUCAUAACUCAAAAUGAGUAAUAGAACUAUUUGCCAUCUAUUCACACAAUUAUUGUUUCCUAAAAUUCCAGUAAAAACUUCUGUCAAAAAAAGGGGGAAAAAUCCAGCAACAGGGAGUUGGAUUUGGGAGCUGUAUUGCGCAACUGGAGGGGUGAAUUUGUCGGGGCGAUGGUGAAGAGAUAGAAAGGGCUCUGCCGACCCAUUGUUGCUGAAGCAAAGGCGGGCGAUGGUGAUGGGACUUCGCGAAGCUAACCGCAGAUCUCUCAGCCCGUUGAUAGUUGAAUCGGAUUGUCAAGCUUUGGUUAACUUUUUGGACAAAGGAGAGCCUGAUUUUACAGAACUGGGAAUUUGGUGCAAGGAGAUCGAGGAACUGGCUUUGGAGAAUGAGAGGCUGUUGGGACACAAGGUUAGAUGGAGAUUCUCGUCGAGGAAGACAAAUUCUCUGGCUCACUGGUUAGCCCACUCUGGAUCGGGAUGGAACCAUCAAAUGGUUUGGGUGGACAACCCACCGAGUAAUCUUCUUUGUACGGUGGAGGCCGAUUUGGGCCUUUGACCUUUGAGCCCGAACUGAUUUCCAAUAUUAAUAAAAACAGAUUACCGAUAUAAAAAAUCCAGUAAAAACAAAAGGUUGUAUUGCCAUAAAAGUGGGAAGAGGUGGCGGCUUGUCCUGUUUCUCCCUCGCGUCGACGACGAUGCCUUCCCAGAAGCUGCCUUUCCUUUUUUUCGCUUUUCUGUGAUUACUGAUUACUCCCCUUUGAACCUGAAGAAGAAUCAAGAAAUAGGGUUCACAGAUCAGAGGUCCAAGCUCUUCCCUUUUUAAACCCAUCCUCUCCACCUUCUUCCAGACCUCUCUUCACUCCCUUGACUCUCCUCCUCUUAUCCCAUUUGAUAUCAAUAAAAAAAACAACCAUUUGGUGUGGGUGGGUGGUUCAAUUCCCCCUUCAACACAAAGUCUCUGCUUUCUUUCGUUUACUCAAACCCAUUCCUCCUCUGGUCUUUUCAGCCCCCGCCAAUCCCCCAUGGAUGCUCUGCUUCCAGAAAUCCCCAACUCCGUCAACCCUUUCAAGUUCCAGCGCGCCACCCAGACUUCCCGCUGCAAUCCGCUUGAUGGGUACCAACAACUCAAUCAUGGGUUCCCAGAUCCCCCCUCUGACUCCCCAUCUUCUUCUUCCUCUUCAUCAUCGUCCCUCUCCCCGUCUGCUUCAGAAGGGGACUACCCAAGCAACAACGCCGUUUUUAAGUACAUCAGCGACAUGCUCAUGGAGGAAGAUUUAGAUAGUAAGACCUGUAUGUACCAGGACUGUUUGGCUCUCCAGGCUGCCGAGAAAUCCCUCUACGACGUUCUCGGUCAAGAAUACCCUCAACCUUCUUCUGAUUCCUCCUGCUGCAACUCCGCCCAAGGUCUUCCUGCCGUUGACAGCUCCAAUUGGGUUCCCGACCUCACCGAUCUCGGCUUCCCUGCUGGUAAUGGUUACAAUAAUGAGUUUCUGGGUCCAGAUUUCCGCGCCGAGUUAAACCCUUUUGCCAUUGGGUGGACGGAGAAGAAUAAUCCCAUUUCAGAAGCUCCUUCUAUCUUUGGUCCGAACCCAGACCUAGGGAGGAAGAACCACGGCCGCGACGAUGGGAAUUCCUUUGAAGAAGAGCGGAGCAACAAGCAGUCGGCAGUUUCCCACGAGGAAGAGCCGGAGAACAUCAAGAUGCUAGACGAGAUUUUGCUCUGUUCGUUAAAAGAGGACUGUAGUAGUAAUAAUCCCAGCAGCCAUCAGUUGGAGAAGAAGGGAUCCAGCGCUAGCAACGGGAAGGGAGGCCGAUCCAAGAAAGCGAACAAUAAGAAAGGAGGAGUGGUGGAUUUGUGGACUCUGCUAACUCAGUGCGCUCAGGCGGUUGCGAGCAGCGACCAGAGAACUACUAAUGACCUAUUGAAGCAGAUUCGCCUCCAUUCAUCUCCUUACGGGGACGGGAACCAGAGGAUGGCUCAUUACUUCGCUGCUGCCUUGGAGGCUCGCCUAGGAGGCACAGGAGCUCCCAAAUAUGCAGUAGAUGUGAAAGCCAAGACGCCAAUGGCUGAGAUUUUGAAGGCUUAUCAGAUGUUCCUCAACUCUUGCCCUUUCAAGAGGAUGUCCAACUUCUUCGCCAAUCGAACCAUCUACAACCUCGCCGAGAAGGCAACCAGGCUCCACAUCAUUGAUUUCGGCAUUCUCUAUGGCUUCCAAUGGCCGUGCCUCAUCCAGCGCCUCUCAGAACGCCCCGCUGGACCUCCCAAGUUGCGCAUCACCGGGAUCGACUUCCCCCAGCCAGGGUUCCGCCCCAAGGAGAGGGUGGAGGAGACCGGUCGACGGUUACAAAGGUACUGCGAGAGGUUCAACGUGCCCUUCGAGUACAAGGCCGUAGCGCAGAAAUGGGAGACGAUCAAGUACGAGGAUCUCGAGAUCGAUCCCGACGAGAUGACCGUGGUGAACUGCUUGUAUCGAAUGAGGAAUCUCGCGGAUGACACGGUGGCUGUGGACAGCGCGAGAGAUGCGGUGCUGGGACUGAUACACAAGGUGAACCCGCAGGUGUUCAUCCAUGGCAUUGCGAAUGGAAGCUACAACGCUCCAUUCUUCACGACGAGGUUUCGCGAGGCACUGUUCCAUUACUCGUCGUUGUUCGACAUGUUUGAUGCAACACUUCAGCGGGAAGACGAGCACAGGCUGCUCUUCGAGAGGGAGAUGUAUGGAAGGGAUAUAAUGAACGUGGUGGCUUGCGAGGGAGCGGAGAGGCUGGAGAGGCCUGAGACUUACAAGCAGUGGCAGGCGAGGAACUUGAGAGCUGGGUUCAGGCAGCUGGCACUGGAUGAGACCAUUUUGAAGAGGGUGAGGGGGACGGUGAAAUCCGAGUAUGAUAAGGAUUUUGGUGUGGAUGAGGAUGGUCGAUGGAUGUUGCAGGGUUGGAAGGGUAGGAUUGUAUAUGCACUUUCGGUGUGGAAGCCUGUUGAUAAGGAUGACUAUUAUUAGGUUGAUGAUUCUAGAGUUUUGAUAUUAAGCUUGUUUUUUGUUGGGCAUCUCUGCCCUUUCGUGUAGUAGGGAAUGAAUCUUUCUGUCUGAAUUGUAGCUCGACCUUUCUGUUCUGGUUAUAAAUGGAUUAGAUGCCUUGUUAUAUUCUCUUAUGAAAUCCAAGCAAACUAUGAUGCUGCAAAGCAGAAUGUAACACUACUUAAGAAUAAGAUGAAGUAGAGCAGUUGAAAAACAUGGAAGCAUAAGAAUUUGAUGAGUAUCGUCUGCAACUGUUUCACUAUCUUGAAUCAAUAGAACAAAGGGAUGACGUGUGCUAAUACAAGCUCUGAGGCCAAGACAUUCAAGGAUCCCACACUGACAAACAAAGAAUUUCAAACACA